UAGUAAUAAUAAUAAAAAUAAUAAAAAUAAUAAUAAUAAUAAUAAUAAUAAUAAUAAUAAAGUAAUAAUAAUAAUAGUAAUAAUAACAAUAAUAAGGUUAAAUUUUGUUAUAAAAAUAAACUUAAAUUUAAUAAUAAUAAUAUAUAUCUUAAUAAUAAUAAUAGCCUAUCCAAACAUAUUAAUAAUAUUCUUAAGCUUAGUAUCUCUAAAAAGCUUAAUAAUAACAAAUUUAAUAAGAUGAAUUAUUAAAAAUUAAAAGGCUAAUUAAUAUAUUUAAAUUAAUAAAAAUAACAACCUUAAUAAUAUUGUAGAUUAAAAUUCAAAUUAAAAAAAUAAAACUCAUAAUCAUAACAAUAAUA